CCUCAGUGGGACUGCGCUUGCUGGGGGACUCCUCUCGGCGAUCUUUCCCUCUCCUCAAAGACGGAGCUGUGGGAGUGCGGAACAGGCCAGUCCCAGCGGCAAUUUGUUUUCCUAACCCACCGGAGCCUGGCGUUUCUCCCCCGCCAACCGCCAAGCUGCCGGCUCCAUCUCUCUUGGGAGCUCAAUUAGGGCUGUCUUCCCUUCACGCCAGCAUGCUCAGGACUCCCGCUUCUUCUCAGAUUUUUUUAAUCAAAUAAGGUUUCUCCGGAGGCCAGUCCUAAUUUUAAAAAGGACGGCAUGCAGGAUUAAAUUUUAAUUAAGGAAAUGCUAGCCUUUUAGAAAGCGUUAUACAUUAAUAUAAUGUGGGAAGCAGAAGAAACGACCUGGAGAGCCCGAUUGUAUUCGGUGCGAGUGCACGGUGUGAGUUCAAGGCACCGAAGAAAGCCAAGAAGAAGGAGGGCGGGAGCUCAAACGUCUUCAGCAUGUUCGAGCAGUCCCAGAUCCAGGAGUUCAAAGAGGCCUUCACCAUUAUGGACCAGAAUAGAGACGGCUUCAUCGACAAGAAUGACCUGAGGGACACCUUCGCCGCCCUGGGUCGUCUCAACGUGGGCAAUGACGAGCUGGAAGAGAUGCUGAAGGAGGCGCCCGGGGCCAUCAACUUCACCGUGUUCCUCACCAUGUUUGGGGAGAAACUGAAAGGGACAGACCCCGAGGAGACCAUACUUAACGCCUUCAAGAUCUUCGACCCGGAAGGGAAAGGAGUCCUCAAAGGAGACGAAAUCAAAUACUGUCUCAUGUCUCAAGCGGACAAGUUCACCGAGACUGAGGUAACCCAAAUGUUCACCAACUUCCCCCUGGACGUUGCCGGGAACCUGGACUACAAGAACCUGUGCUACGUCAUCACCCACGGAGAGGACAAGGAGCAGGAGUAAGCUCUGCUCGGUUCCUGACGACUUCCUGUAUAUAGUGUUUUCACCAUCCCCGAACAUGGUCAGGAUCAGCUUCCACAAUCGCAUCUCCUGUCAAU